GAGCCAACCUUGCGUUCACGCCCUCACUUUGACGGACAGUGGCAAAGUGAGGAAACUCGCCAGUGAAUGAUCAAACGAUAUCUCCCAUUUUCCCGCCCCCCUGGCCUUCAAUCGCCCUUUGUCAGGAUUGCUCCAACCCCUUCUCGAUACCUUAAAUCAACUGUUACCUACGUCCCACCCCAGGCCUGGUCAAAAAUGUCUGCCCCGCUUCCGCUAACUCCAGAUCUCUCAAAUACUCGUCCUCAACGCCGCCAGCAUGAUGGCAACUCUUCUCGAAACCAAAAACGCCGCCGGUUAGAAAGGGCCCCGAAGCCCGUCAAAGAGGGCGGAGCAGAGGAGGUUCUCCAGGCGGACAUUUCUUCCUUGAUGUCGACCUUGGGUCUCACACAGCCGGAAGUCCCUUCUUCAGCGCAGGACCUCCCUCCGGAAUUUAGCGAGAUAGAGCUCACGAUAAAAACGCUCUCGUCUACCGGCGAUGGUCUAGCAGAGCAUAACGGGCGAAUAUACGUGGUUCCAUUCUCUAUUCCCGGGGAUGUCGUCACAGCAAAAGUAAUUCGACACACAACUACCCACUCAAUCACCGACUUCCUCUCCGUGAAGAGCCCCUCCCAGGAUCGUGAUAAUUCGCUCAUCGGUUGCAAGUACUUCAGCACUUGUUCUGGCUGUCAGUUUCAGAUGCUCCCGUACGCAAAGCAGUUGGAACAUAAACGAAACGUGAUUCAGAAAGCUUACGACAGCUUUUCUAACCUUGAUCCGAAAUUGUUACCAGGCAUUGGAGAUACAGUUGGAAGCCCACUGCAGUACGGUUAUCGGACAAAGCUGACGCCGCAUUUUGACGGCCCGCGGAGAGGAGGAUUUAAAACUGGCGAUCCGACACCAGACAUUGGUUUCAUGGUUAAAGGUCGGAGACAAGUGUUGGAUAUUGAAGAUUGCCCUAUCGGAACAGAUAUUUUGAGGGAAGGGAUCAAAACUGCUAGGAAAUAUGUAGAGGAGAACCUCCAUACUUACAAACGCGGCGCUACCAUACUACUUCGAGAAAGCACAACUAGGAGACUAAGAGAGGAAGGCGAAGCAGGAAAUACGAAAUGGGUGGAAGAGAAAGAAUGUAUCACCGACAACAAUGCUCAAACUACGGAAUACAUCGGGGAUUACAAGUUUGUGAACCCGGCCGGAGCUUUCUUCCAGAAUAAUAAUUCCAUACUGCCAGCUGUAUGUUUCCCACAAUUUAUCAUGAUCGUGUCAUUUCACUGAGUCACUUAAUUUCUCUUAUACCGUACUAAUUAAUGAAGUUCACGGAUUAUGUUCGCUCGAAACUACAUUACCCAGUACUCACCACCUCUCCCGAUGGCACCAGAACCAUCACUUCUACACCCCCGAAGUACCUAGUAGAUGCCUAUUGCGGAAGUGGCCUCUUUUCGAUCAUCUGUGGCAAAGAUCUAACAGGCGUAAUUGGGGUGGACAUCGCCGCCGACAGCAUAGCCUACGCAAGUUCUAACGCAGCUGCAAACAACAUCGAAAACGCCCGCUUUAUCGCCGGCAACGCGGAAAAAAUCUUCGAAUCAAUAGACUUCCCCGGCACCGAAACUAGCGUGGUCGUCGACCCCCCGAGAAAGGGUUGUGAUAAGUUGUUUCUGGACCAACUUUUGGAAUUUAAACCGAAGAGGGUGGUUUAUGUCAGCUGCAAUGUGCAUACUCAGGCGAGGGACCUGGGGUAUAUACUGAGUGGGAAGGGUGGUGGUUAUAGAGUUGAUGAAAUUCGGGGAUUCGACUUCUUUCCGCAAACGCACCACGUUGAAGGAGUCGCUACUCUUACAUGGGUUGGCGAGGAAGGGAUUGCAAACCUACUAGAGGAAGCUAAUGAUAAGUCAGGAGAUUUACUAUGA